GGAGGGAAAAAAAAGCAGCGCGGAAACAGAAGACAAGAUGCGGUCUCAAACAGCGCGGUCCAUAAACGGACACCUAUCGUUCUUCUCCACAAAGCCUCGACUAUGCAGUGAAAAGAGCGAAGUGCCAUCAUAACCAAAUCCCACUUUAUGUGCUUCUUUCUUUCUUUUUUUAAAUUCUGGAACUUUUGAACGAAUGAAAAAAAAACGGCGGCUUGCAUUUUUUUUCCGUGUACGGUGCAGCCGUUUGGAGCAGAUAAUCGAAAGAAAAUACAUGCACAAAUGAAAUACCUUUGGUUCUGAUUGCAGAAAAUGAUGGCGGAUGCUUUGAAAGAUUCAUCUUGAUAGCGGCAUCCUCUUCUGAAGAUGACAAUGAUGAUGCCAUGCUGUGUGGUAAACUUGUCAGAUGACCAACUCAUUGCAAGGGGAUGCUUUCCUACCUCAAGAUUUGCGCUUUCAAAAUGGAUUUGGUUUUCCUAAUCAUGGCCUUGCCUUCCAAAGGAGAACACUUUAGCAGUAAGCUGCCCAUUUCUUCGUGUUAUGAAGAGUGUCCAGCUGGUUAUUAUAAAGAGGGGAACUGUGACAAUCCCGCUUCAAAGUAUAGAUGUCGAGAAUGUGUCAGUGGCACGUUCACUGCAAUAUCCAAUAGCCGAGAAAAAUGCCUGAGGUGUAGAAGCACGUGUGGUCCUAAUGAAGUGGAAAUAAAGCCAUGCGUCUUUAACAGUGACACGGUGUGUGAGUGCAAGGAGGGAUACUACAAUGCAGGUACCCAAGAAAUCUUCAAUUGCCGUCCAUGCCAGUGUCAAGCUUGUACAGAUUCUGAGAAGAGCCGUUAUGACCAACGGAAAUGUGAGGCAUGCUUCAAGGAACAGUGUUUGAAAGCUGCAGAAUGUAAGAGAAAAUGUGCAACUCCGCCUGAUACCACAGCUGCCUUAAUAAACACAUUAACAAUAGCCGCAGGACGCCCCAAUUUAAGCACGACAUCACCAAGUCAAAAUCCGCUUCCAGCAAAAGAUGAUGGACGGUGGAUGGUCAUCGUUCUGGUUGUGGUGCUCCUUUGGCUUCUGGCGCUCUGCAUCUGCUUUGCCUUCUACUUGUGCUAUGCUCCCCACUGCAGAAUCAUCAAGAACCCCGAGAACCCUACUGGGGUAUGCAACGACACUCAAGGUCACCCAGGCGGCCACCCAACCACACUGACAGUUCGUGUGUAUGAGGAAAUCCCCAUGACGGCACCCGGCCAGUCUCCAAAAACACCAGCAAGUAUCGACCAAAUCGGUGCUUUACUGGCACACUCCCAAAACAAAGAUGGCGAACAAGAGGAACCUAGCAGGCACUGGCCCCCCAUCGUCCUGUACGCGAUCAUUAACGAGGUCCCGCUGCGUCGCUGGAAGGAGUUUUUGAGAAUGCUCUCGGUGGCAGACCACCAGCUGGAACGCAUCGAGAUGGAAUCCGGCUUUAGCCUCCUGGAGAAGCAGUACCAGAUGUUGUGUCUGUGGUGCAAGCGUUCUUCAGCCAACCUCGAUGACAUCUUCUCCGCCUUGCGUGACAUGGAUUUGUCAGGCUGCGCUCAGAUGCUGCAGGAGAGGCUGGAGAGACUUCAGCGGAGGGCUCAACCAAAGGGUGAAUUCACCGCCUGCUGAUACUUCAGGUCAGGUCGUGCAACAGGAAAGACUGCUUUUGCUCAAGACAUUUGUUCAAAUAUUUGUCACUCUUUAUUUUUUUUUUAACCUUUAUUGAAACGGUUGUGCGGCCCGGUAGUCCAGUGGUUAGCACGUCGGCUUCACAGUGCAGAGGUACCGGGUUCGAUUCCAGCUCCGGCCUCCCUGUGUGGAGUUUGCAUGUUCUCCCUGGGCCUGCGUGGGUUUUCUCCGGGUGCUCCGGUUUCCUCCCACAUUCCAAAAACAUGCCUGGCAGGCUGAUUGAACACUCAAAAAUUGUCCCUUGGUGUGAGUGUGAGUGCGAAUGGUUGUUCGUCUCUGUGUGCCCUGCGAUUGGCUGGCAACCGAUUUAGGGUGUCCCCCGCCUACUGCCUGGAGACAGCUGGGAUAGGCUCCAGCACCCCCCGCGACCCUAGUGAGGAUCAAGCGGUUAGGAAGAUGAAUGAAUGAAUGAAUGAAUGAAUGAAUGAAUGAAUGAAUGAAUGAAUGAAUGAAUGAAUGAAUGAAUGAAUGAAUGAAACGGUUGUUUCAUAGCACAACUGUAAAAUGUGUUUGGACAUUCAAGUCAUACUCAACAAUGUGAAGUACAACUGUGUUAAUGCACUCAAGUGGAUAUUUACAGAUCGGCGUUUUGCUCUUCACUGAAUUUUUUUAUUUUUAUUUAUUUUUCAGGGGGGAGGGGGAGGCCUAUCCUGUUAUUUGCUAGAAAACCAACCACUUUGAUGUUUUUGUGCUCAACGGCCAUACUUUGGUGCAAAGGGCCCUUUUUGAAGUGAUUAGAGGAGUUUGCCUCGUCUACAGGCAAUUCCAAUACAACAUCAGCCUUUUUGGCCGCACGAGUCCUGACAAGGGAGAGGGGUGGGAACACAUCAUUGCACCAGCUUUAAAAUCCCUGCAUUGGCUCCCUGUAUAUAUAUCAGGAUUGAUUUUAAUGUGCUUUUUUUUUUGUUGUUUUUAAAUGUCGUAACUGUCUUGAGCCAUCAUAUUUAUCUGACCUGCUUUUAUCAUUUCAUCCCUAAAGUCCUCAGGCACUGGCCUUUAUUUAUUCCUAGGGUGAGGACCAGAAGACAUGGUGAGGCUGCAUUCAGCCAUUUUGGUCCCCAGCUUUAGAGUAGCCUGCCAGAGGACAUCAGGUCCGCAGAGAAGG